UUAUUCAUUCAUAUUAUAAAUACCGAUAAUUGACCACCGAAACCCCUCUCUCUGUUGCAACCCUUCUCUUCCGCUUCCACAAUCCAACCUCAAGGUUUCAACAUGGCCGUGACCUUCUCAAAUCUCCACACCGAUUCAGGCCUCGAAUCCCUCGACGGCCACCUCUCCGGCAAGACCUACGUUUCUGGGGAUCAGUUCACCAAGGAUGACAUCAAAGUGUUUGGUUUUGUUUUGGAGAAGCCAGGUGACAAUUUCCCCAAUGCGGCCAAGUGGUACGAUGCUGUCUCUUCUCACCUUGCUGCCAGCUUCCCUGGCAAUGCUCAAGGAGUAAGAUUCAGUGGCAAAGCUGCUGCUAAACUGGAUGCUUCUGCUGAAGAUGAUUUGAAUAAGGAUUUUCAAAAGGUUUCUUUGGACACUGCUGAAGAUGAUGAUGACCUUGAUCUUUUUGGCGAUGAGACAGAGGAGGACAAAAAGGCAGCGGAGGAAAGGGAGGCUGCUAAAAAGCCUGCCAAGAAGAAAGAGAGUGGGAAAUCUUCUGUGUUGCUCGAUGUUAAGCCUUGGGAUGAUGAGACAGACAUGAAGAAGCUGGAAGAGGCUGUUCGCAGUGUUGAGAUGCCUGGUCUAUUUUGGGGAGCAUCCAAACUGGUUGCUGUUGGUUAUGGCAUCAAGAAGUUGCAGAUCAUGUUGACCAUUGUUGAUGACCUUGUAUCUGUGGACACCCUCAUCGAGGAGUGUCUGACUGCCGAGCCUCGUGACGAGUUUAUCCAGAGCUGUGACAUUGUUGCAUUUAACAAAAUCUAAGUUUUCUUUUCGAACUUCAGCAUAGCCAUUUUCAAGCGGCUGACAAGUCUGUUUUUAUUUGAUAAGCAUUUAUCCCCCACCCCUUUUCAUCAUUUGUGUCUAGCUUGUGCUUGAAUGUUGCUUUUUUGUUUCUAGAAUUAUGGACGAAGUAAAAGAAAUAUAUAUUCUGAAUAUGUGAUGGUGUUCCCUUAA